AUGUCUGAACAAAAAUCAUAUGUAAGGAAAAAUGGUGCGUAUAAUAAAAAAGCUUGCCCAAGUUGCAAGGCGAAAAAACGUAGAUGUCUACCUGAAUGCCCCGGUCGUGAUAACAACAACAACAACAACAACAAUAAUGUUAUUAUUAUUAAUAACGUAGAAUUCGAAAGAGAAUUUAUGACAGAAGAAAAGAAAGAAAAGGAAAAAAGUGAAUGCACACCUUUGUGUUCCGAAAGAGAAUAUAUGACAGAAGAAAAGAAAGAGAAGGGGAAAAGUGAAUGCACACCUUUAUGUUCCGGACAUGAUAAUUAUGUUGCUAAUAGUAAUGUUAAUAAUAUUACUAAUAACGUACUGGAAAGAGAAUUUAUGACAGAAGAAAAGAAAGAGAAGGUAAAAAAUGAAUGCACACCUUCAUGUUCCGGUUAUGAUAAUUAUGUUGCUAAUAGUACUAAUAAUAUUAUUUUUAAUAACGUACUGGAUGAAGGAAUGGCAAACCAUUUGUUAAAUGGAAGAAGAAAUAUAGGUUUUCCAGAAACAGAAUCCAUUCUUACUGGAAAUAUUAUUGAUGGGUUUACGAACUUGUCAAAUGAAAACAUUACUAUUACCACUAAUUUUGGAGACUCGCGUUUAAAAAUAAACUCUGAGGACAGCUUUACUUGUCAAAUGAUGAGAGGACCUCUGAUUCCUUGGGUUACAACGCCAUGGCCUAAUUUUGAGUUCGAAUUUGAUAAUAUAUAA